AUGAGUACAACGCAACGAAGUGAGAGCAUGAAUACCUUUUUUGACGGGUAUGUUCAUGCUAAGACGAACCUAAAAGAGUUUGUUGACCAGCUUGAAAACACGUUGAAAAAAAAGAUUGAGAAUGAAAAUGCCGCAGACUUCCACUCCUUUAGUGUCACGAUUCCUUGCAUUUCUAGAUCUCCAACUGAGAAGAGGUUCCACGAUUUGUACACCAAUGCUAAAUUCAAAGAAGUUCAGCUUCAAAUUACAGGCAUCAUCGAUAUGAAUCGAAAGUUAAAUAAGAGUGAUGGUGCGGUAAAAACCUAUCUGGUAGAGGAUGAAGUUCGUUUCGAAGAGUUCAUUAAGCUGGUUACACAUUCUGUGGACUUUAGUGAGGGAGAUGCAGCUGCAAAAUGCUCUUGUGGAUUAUUCCAGAUGAGAGGGAUAUUGUGUCGGCACAUUUUGGCCGUGUUCAAAUGUAACGAGAUAAAAAUUUUGCCAGAUAGUUACAUUUUAGAUCGAUGGAGGAAGGAUAUCAAAAGGCAAUACACAUUAAUCCGCAGUAGUUAUGAUGUAGGAGAAUAA